UGUAAAACAUCCGCUACUGUUUGUUUGAAAGAGCACGUGACUCUCCUCUGUGGAAAAAAUGGCUGCGCCCUGCGCCGCUCAAUGCUUUUACAGAACAGGUGGUGCAAGCCUGCUCCAGAGAGCAGCACAGCUGCCCAGCUGCUACAGAAGCUCAUCUGCUGUCCACCAAUGCCCACCUCACCGAUGUUUCUUCUGGAAGAAAUGGAAUAGUUCCCGCAGUGUGGUCCGGCCUGGUGUAGUGCGCCCCUCUUAUGCUGUACCAAAGCACAUCCAGAAGCCGGACUAUGUGUCAUCCAGCAAAGUGCCUGAGUGGCUAGAUUACAUAGAGAUUAAAGAUGAGGAGCAGAUCCAAGGAUUGAGACGAGCAUGUCAACUAGCCAGACAUGUACUGCUGCUGGCAGGAAAGAGUUUGAAGGUUGGUAUGUCGACAGAUGAAAUAGACUUUAUAGUCCAUCAGGAAGCCAUUCGUCACAAUGCCUACCCCUCUCCUUUACAUUAUGGGGGCUUUCCGAAGUCAGUCUGUACCUCUGUUAACAAUGUAGUAUGCCAUGGCAUUCCAGACAGCAAAAUAGCGAAUUCAAAUGGAUUUUGUGUGUGUCCAUAUUUUAUCGGCCAUGGGAUCGGCACAUAUUUCCAUGGUUAUCCAGAGAUAUGGCAUCAUGCCAAUGACAUUGACCUACAGAUGGAAGAGGGCAUGUCCUUCACCAUAGAACCCAUUCUUAUGGAAGGAUCCUCAGAAUUCAAGAUCCUGAGGGACAAGUGGACCGCUGUUUCUGUGGAUGACAAAAGAUCGGCCCAAUUUGAACACACGGUUGUCAUCACCAGCGAUGGUGUAGAGAUUCUGACCAAACUACCAGAUGAAGAUUGACUGGACAAGAAUAUGGAACAUCUUGAAGUGUGACUUGUGAGAUGGAUCUGAGUUUUUAGAGUAAUAGAAUCUGUUAUU